CUCGCCAGCGGCUCGACAAGGGUGGAUCCUUAACUGUCACCUCUCCCUCCCUCUCCCAGUUUCAAUUCAGUCAAAUCAUCACAGUGAUCUGGCAGUUAGCGAUACAUGCGCCUAUUAGUAAGAGAGUGAUUAGCUUCUGCUGUGGCCGUUUUGUAAGCCCUCGAGAGACGGUAACCUCUGGGAGAGUCGUCUCCUAACCCGAAUUAGCUAACGUGACAAACUGCAGCAAACCCGAAAACACACAGAAAUGGACGAAAAGGCGUUUACGAAAGAACUGGAUCAGUGGAUCGAGCAGCUCAAUGAAUGCAAGCAGCUGUCAGAGGGACAAGUAAAAACACUAUGUGAAAAGGCAAAGGAGAUCCUGACAAAGGAGUCAAACGUUCAAGAGGUGAGAUGUCCGGUGACUGUGUGCGGAGACGUGCACGGCCAGUUUCAUGACCUCAUGGAGCUGUUCAAGAUCGGAGGGAAGUCUCCAGACACAAACUACUUGUUCAUGGGAGAUUACGUGGACAGAGGGUACUACUCUGUAGAAACCGUCACUUUACUAGUAGCACUAAAGGUUCGCUUCCAAGAGCGCAUCACAAUCCUCAGAGGGAAUCACGAGAGCAGACAGAUCACGCAAGUGUAUGGCUUCUAUGACGAGUGUCUACGGAAAUAUGGUAACGCCAAUGUUUGGAAGUACUUCACAGACCUGUUCGAUUACCUGCCCCUCACUGCCUUGGUAGACUCUCAGAUUUUCUGCCUUCAUGGAGGCCUGUCACCAUCCAUAGAUACACUGGAUCACAUUAGGGCAUUGGACCGUUUACAGGAAGUGCCACAUGAGGGUCCCAUGUGUGACCUGCUGUGGUCUGACCCGGAUGACCGCGGUGGCUGGGGCAUCUCUCCGCGAGGAGCCGGCUACACAUUCGGUCAGGACAUUUCGGAGACUUUCAACCACGCCAACCGCCUCACAUUGGUGUCCCGUGCCCACCAGCUGGUUAUGGAGGGUUACAACUGGUGCCACGAGAGGAACGUGGUGACAAUAUUUAGCGCUCCCAACUACUGCUACCGCUGCGGCAACCAGGCGGCAAUCAUGGAACUAGACGACACCCUAAAAUACUCUUUCUUGCAGUUUGAUCCAGCGCCUCGCAGAGGGGAGCCCCACGUCACUCGCCGCACCCCAGACUACUUCCUGUAAACUCUGAUUAUUGAUUGCCCUUUGACAUUUGUACAGUAUGACUUUCAACUGAUGACAACAUGAACUGGGAGGGUGAGAGACUUGGGGUGGAGCAGGAGGCACACCGGUACACAUUGUAUAUCAACACACACGAAAAAAACAACUAUUUAAGCAUUUAGCAAAAAACAAUGUCCGUGUCUGAGGAUGGACCAAAAAGUGUGUGCCAUAAUCAUAACAAUAUCCAUUGCCGAGGACUUGUAUUGCGAAUCUUCCCAUUAUAUGGAAAAAAAACAAAACAGAAAUGUUUAAAUUCCCUUUCCUGUUACUGUGUAGCUGGACUGAUGGCACCGAGGUCCAAGACAUAAAUUUUGCUACCCUGAAUGCGGCUGUUUGAGUCCCACGCGCCAUGGCUUAUAUUGAGUAGAUCUGAACGUGAUCUGUUUGCACUUUUGUAAAUGAAAAGAAAUGUAACAUAUGUCAAAAUAUGGAAAAGAUUUCACACUACAGAUGUUUGUUGUUUUUUUUUUCCCUUUUUUUUUUUUCUUCCCAACCCAAGCUCUACACAAGGUUUCUUGUUCUUGUUUUUUUUAAUUAAUUUUUUUUUUUUGCUUUGUUUUGUUUUGUUUUUUGCAGUCACACAGCUUGGUGUUUAAGAUUACAUGAAGUGUUCAUCCACUUCAGCUCACUGACUCCCUCUGAGCUACAGCAUCUGUAUUAACCAAACAAUUUUAUUAAUAAAGACAAAGGUGGCUUCUUGAUGUGAA